GCAUUUUUGCAUAAAUCGAAAGAAUCUGGCAGAAAAAAGUGUCGCUCUGCCUCGCGAGCCGAGAUAUUAAUAGUUAAAGUUGACCACUUUUGAGGUUAUGAAACCUGUUAUAUCGACGUAAUGUAACGAAAAAUAAAUAAUCCAUGUGGACAGUAUAUAGUGCUUAAAAAAAAAUAAAACAUUCUACCCGCUUGAGACUUAACCACAUGGAAGUUGCAGCCUAUACAGUAUUAGAAAUUUCAACAAUAAUUACCAAAAUUUCUGUACCUCUUUACAUCUUAGAGACUUUUAUGAACAAUUUAACAAAGCAAGUUAAUACGUAAUUUUUAUAUGUUAUAAUUAUAUGUUAUAAUUCUAUACAAUAGCAAUAAGCUAUGAGUUUAUGUGAGGAACAUCUCAACAUCACAGUAGACGAGAAUGAAAUUAUUGUUGGUGCUAAAGAUAUUAUAAAGAGGAUUAGACCAUCCUGGCCUUUACAGCAACUGCAUUUCAAGAUAUUUACUGAUGGAAGAACAAAUAAGUUGAUAGGAGUAUGGUAUGCGGGACAUUAUACAGAUAUGAUCCUGGUUAGAAUUUACGGCAACAAUUCGGAUUUACUGAUUGACCGAAAAAGUGAAAUAAAAAAUAUCCGGAUAUUGAACAAGGCUGGCUAUACUCAUUGCAUUUAUGCUACAUUUAACAAUGGGUUUGCCUAUGAAUUCCUGGAAGGUGAAACUCUAACUACUGAAACAGUCAGGGAUUCAAAAGUAUAUCCAUUAAUUGCGAAACGUAUGGCUGAAAUGCAUAAUCUUGAGCCUGAAAAUGAAUCUGUAUCAAAAAAUGCUUUUAUUUGGGAAAAAACGAAGCAAUUUAUGCAAAUUAUGCCUAAAAAAUUUUCGGAUUCUCUCAAGCAAGCAAAGUUUGAAACGUUGAUACCAUCCUCUGUAAUAUUGGAGAAAGAAUAUCACAUGUUGAAAAGUAUACUUUCCGAAGUGAAUAGUCCUGUAGUAUUUGCUCAUAAUGAUCUUCUACUAGGAAAUAUACUGUACAGUGAAAGACAGGAGAGUGUUGUUUUUAUCGAUUAUGAAUACACUUCGUUUAACUAUCAGGCGUUUGAUAUAGUUAACCACUUUACAGAAUUUGCUGGUUUCGACGAGCCGGAUUACUCUUUAUAUCCAGAUGAAAAUUUUCAAAAAAUAUGGUUAAAAAAAUAUUUGCAAAUAUACAACGCGACGACUAACGUGUCUGAGAAAGACGUUGACAAAUUAUACUGGCAAGUUACUAAAUUUACUCCCUUGCCGCAUUUUUUUUGGGGCUGUUGGGCUCUCAUCCAGAGCGAGCAUUCGCAUAUUGAUUUUGAUUUUUUAGCAUAUGCUGCAAUACGUUUUAAUGAAUAUUUUAAGUGGAAGGAAGAAAUCUUGAAGAUGAAAACAGAAUUUGAUGAAUGA